AUGGGUCCAUCAGGCAUGUGCAUCUGCAGUUCGAUCUCAUGCUUUGUAAUAACCGUAACCGCGCUGAUCAUCGCUUGCACUACAUACUCGAUUGUAAGGGCUGAACAACUCCGCACCCCACCAGGUCCCUUAAAGAUACACGUAACUGAUGCCUCCCUCAACUACACCACCCUUGAUCUGGCCCUCAAUAUCACCCUUGAAAACCCCAACAAGUAUUUCCACAUCUAUUACGACGACUCUAUAGUCAUCGCUGGUUACAGCAACAAAACCUCUGCUAUAGCGAGUGUCGCCGACUUUCACCAACUCGAAAAUAAUACGACUCUUCUGACGCCGUCGUUGAAAAUGCAUCGGGGUGAUAGUACUGACGAUGCAACUGGGUCGGGAAAAGGGAAUUACUACGACAUUGUCGUCAAGCUCUAUCUUCCAAAGUGGUACAAGUCCAUCUCCAAGAAGAGGGACAAUUGGCAAAGCAGUAUACAUAUGUACACAUGUGAAUUGAAGGUUCCUUUGAACAAUGGAUCAAAAUCUGUUGAUGCUUUCAAUACUACCGAGUGCGCGCCAAGAACCGUUGAUUUUGGUUUUCGCUAUAGCUGGCGUAAGUUAGUGUAG